GUUGAUCGCUGUGUGUGUUUUGUCUUCUGUUUCGUUUUGUUAGUGUUUGUCGUGGUGUCGUUUAUUGUUGUUGCUGUAGCUGCUGCUGCUGGUGCUGUCGCUGGUGCUGAUGUUGCCGCCGCUUGCUGUUGUUGUUACGCGCUGUGACUGACUUAUUCAAUGAUUUAGUAAAAUAUUCAUAGCUCAUUCCAAAACUUGUUCUUGUGCCUUGUGCUGCAAAUACGACAAAAAAUAACGCGCUACAAAAUCCAAUUUCUAUGUAUCUAUCAAAUAGAAAAUAUAUAUAUUUAUAAAUAAGUAAUAAAUGCAUAUAUAUUCGUAAUGUUCUCUAUGUGUAGCAAUAGUUAACAAUUGUUUGUGUUGUGUUGUUUUUAUUUAUAUUCUGUGUACAUACAUAAAUAUUUUUUUAUUGUUAUUUGCUGCAAUUGAUUUGCAAGCCAGCUAUUAUUCAGUCAGUUGAGAUUGACUCUCGAUCAAUCAAUUAAAGUCUUUCAAACUAUCGGCUUGUGUCGCUUGCGUAUUCCGUCCAUAUCUCUCUCUGUUGCUCGUUCUGUUUGUGUUACUCGUGUGCAAUUCAAAUACACCGCCAAGCCACCCACCCGACGAAAACAGUGUGUGGGGGCCCUUAUUAUCAUAAACAAAACUAAAGGAAAUCAUUUGUAUUUGCAAUAUUAUAUAUUAAACAUAUAUAUCACAAUGGAGGUGUGGCGCUUGCUAACGGUUGGCGCAUUUCUAGCAUUGGGAUUUGCAUGCUUCUAUGGCGUGGUGGAGUCGUGCAACGAAGUCGUCUGCGCCUCUAUAGUGUCCAAGUGCAUGUUGACGCAGAGUUGCAAGUGCGAGCUUAAGAACUGCUCCUGCUGCAAGGAGUGCCUCAAAUGCUUAGGCAUCAAGUACUAUGAGGAGUGCUGCAGUUGUGUGGAACUGUGUCCCAAGCCAAAUGAAACGCGAAAUGCGCUGUCCAAAAAAUCACACGUUGAGGAUUUUGAAGGCGUUCCAGAACUAUUCGAUGUGCUGGCCAAUGAAAGUGAAAGUGAAUACUGGGAUGUCUUCACAUUCCAAGUAGAUUGGUCUAGGGGUAAACCAAAACUGGAUAAAGAUGAGAAAUACUAUUUAAAAUAUAAUGACAAAAAUCUGGAAGAGGCUCAUGAGGAACGUGACAAUACGAAAACAGUCAAUUGUACGGUUAUAUAUUUAGAUCAGUGCGUAUCGUUAAAUAAAUGCCGUCAGUUCUGUCAAACAAUGGGUGCCAGCAGUUGUAGAUGGUUCCAUGAUAGCUGCUGUGAAUGUGUAGGCUCUACGUGCAUUAACUAUGGUGUUAAUGAGAGUCGUUGUCGACAAUGUCCAGAGACGAAGGAAUUGGGCGAUGAUUUUGAUGACGAAAUCGACGAGGAAAUGCAGGACUUUGGCGAUAGCAUGGGUCCAUUUGAUGGCUCAGUGAAUAGUAAUUAUUGAUAAUAACAGUGAACAAAUUUAAAGGAUCAAAAACACUUAACAAAUUAGCUACUCGAUUCAGUGACAUUAUUAUUGUGUAGUACGAAGUAAUUUUGUAUAGCAUUAUUAUUAUUAUGAAUUUUUUUUUAUAUGCAUAUAUGAAUAAAAAGAAAAAUUUAUAUGUAUACAAUA